CUACAGAAGUGGUGGGUUUUGCAGUGUGUGAAGGCAAGUGUCACCAUGGUCAACCUUAUAUGGGGAGGAUCUUAAACCUGCGUGGCUGCAUAAAUCAUAUAAUUCAAGAUGAAGACGUGAUCAUAGCGCAUUCGGCAUCGGAAUACCAUUAAGUUCUGUCGCGCACGAACCUUGAACGCCGGGCACCGCUGCAGAGGUGGUAGACACUUAGGCGGGGGCUGGAGCCGAAGACGGACAAAUAUAUUUUAUGCUAUUAAUACAACUAAUCACAAUGAAGCGAAGAAAGAUUGUGGUUGCAGCAGGCUUCUGCCUCUCUUUCUUCCUCGGUACGCUAAUGAAUUUGCUGUACAUACCAGGGUUCGAGCACCAUCAGAACCACGACAAUAGAGUACAUCGGUACUAUCACAAAAAACAGCAGCGGGUUACAGGCGAUUCACAGCUUCACGUCGGCGAGUCAGACACUAAAGCUGUGGCGGAGUCCAAUAGUAAAAACGCCGCGGGAAGCAGGCAUCACCAGGACUUAUUACUGCAGAUACGAGAGAGAUUCGAUGAGGUUGUGCGGUACCGUCGGCGCCAGGGACAUGGGUCUGGGACCGGGGACCCCGUCCGCCCGCUGGAGAGAAGGAGGCUCAUGGAUUCAGAGCCAGGGGACAAUUGGGACCCUAUCAAAGUCAUUGAGCGAACCGAUAACCAACAGACGCAUUUUCAAAAUCGGCUUUCAUCUUCCACAUACAUGCAAACAAAAUCACGGAAAGAUUUAACUAUGAAUUCGAGGAGCAUUAACAGUACACCUAUGCUUGACUGCAGCAGCAUAGACAACGUGACCAACAUUCAGUACCUCGGCUCAGGCUACACAAAGGCUGUCUACAAGGCGACUCUCAACAACAGCUUGUCCGUGGCUCUGAAAUCGGUGGAUUUCGGGGGACACGAUAUGGAAAAUUGCGUAAAGAAAUAUGGUUCACCUGGAGACUGCUACAGACUGGCGUCCUUCAAAAUAGUGAAAGAAAUGACGCUAAUGGAAAGGCUACAGCACCCUAACAUUCUGAAGUUGUAUGGUUACUGCUACCAGGAUAGCAAUGACAUCCAGGACACAGUGACAGCCAUUACAGAGCUCGGUAGUCCUCUGGAGAUGAUCCAACUACUGCAGACCUCCUGGGAGGAACGCUUCAGGAUCUGUCUGAGUCUGGUACGUCUUCUCCACUACCUGGCCCACUCUCCUCUAGGCUCUGUCACCCUGCUGGACUUCAGACCACGCCAGUUUGUCUUGGUGGCGGGGGAGCUCAAAGUCACUGACCUGGACGACGCCAGCACCGAGGAGGCCCCUUGCUCACCCUCCUCCACCUCAGACUGCGUCAUGGAGUUUCCCGCCCGCAACUUCACCCUCCCCUGCAGCAGAGGCCGCUGCCUGGGCAUCAACGAGAAGCGCAAUCUCUACAACGCCUAUAGGUUCUUUUUCACCUACCUGCUGCCUCACAGUGCCCCGCCCACUCUAAGACCCCUACUGGACAAGAUAGUUAACUCCACAGGAGAGCUGAUAUGGGGGAUAGAUGAGACACUACUUCAGUUGGAGGAAGUGUUGCACCUGUACAGAAAUGGAUUUUACCUACAGAACAGCACACAGACGCACAGAGCAGACUAUAAGCGUGUAGUGGAUGCCUCUAUUCCCGGGGAGAACUACCGCUGCUGGCCAUCCUAUCAGCACGAUGGAUGUCUGCUGUCAGUCUACAGCAUCACAGAGGCUAUUGGUGUAUGUGAGAGCCACGCCCAGUGCCGAGCAUUUGUACUGACCAAUCAGACAACCUGGACAGGUCACCAGCUUGUAUUCUUCAAGACAGGCCCUGCCAGUCUAAACUCUGCCAAAGGACAGGUCACCUACGUCAGAGUGGGCAGCUGAACCAAAGGAGAGGGAGGAGACUUAACUACCAAACCUUCCUCUGAUUGGCUAACCUGAUCCUGGGGCAUGCCCUCACAGAAUAGUGAGCCACCCCAUUGGAUGGGUCGGGCAGAGGGAGUGUAAGAUGGAUCCUAGACCACGCCCUCCAGUGUGAACUUCCACGGGCCAUAAAGAAGGCUAACCCAAACCAGCUCCUGCUGAAGUGCAAUAAUAACUCAAGGAGAACAUUUAUCGUAACAUAGAUGUUGAUGAUCUGUCCUCCAUUCAAUGCUUAAACGUGACUAUUUUUCGGGUUGUGCAGAUUUUUAGCUCAGGGUAUGCUGAGGUUACCCUCCUAGCUAAGAGGGGUGAGAAUGUACCCCUGUGGUCAAAUGCCCCUCCUGUGCCCCCUAAACUACCUUCACAUAUCUGGUCAAAAGGAUCUCCUUCUGGUACUGUAGAGUGUUUAAUCAUCAUUCUGUGAAGGUUUCGAGGCGGCCUCAGUACGAACCAUCAGCCAACCAUCGAACCAUAGGAAAGGUACUCAACAAACACAUUCCAGAAAAACUUCCAAAUUAGUGUUGGGUUCAAUCUGUAUCGCUGAAGGUCAGUGCUAUAGCGUGAUUUACAUGGAAAGGCCGUGUUCCCGCGUGAGCGGAGAUUGCAUUCCCGGUAAAGGCUGCGUAUGUCGGCUCAAUCGGAAAUUACCUUUACAUUUUAGCGAUACAGACUGAAUCGAGCCCUAGGACUUGUUCAAUAGUGCGUCUCCAUGCCAUGUUCAGGCUUUAUUCUAAGGUUCAGGCUUUAUUCUAAGGUUCAGGCUUUAUUCUAAGGUUCAGGCUUUAUUCUAAGGUUCAGGCUUUAACAAAGGUAUUGGCAAAGGACGGAUGUUCCAGUGUUACUGUGACGUCUUAGUCAGUGAAUAAGCUCUUGUUUUUUUUUUAUUCUCCGACGUCUCUCUCUCUCUCUAUUUCCUUUCCCUUCCUCGGUCUUGUGUUAGAUCCACAGCACUUUCGAUUAAGUCAAACAGGGGUUCUCUAUGCUUUCAAAAAGCAACUCAAUAAGCGAUCGAUUUCCACGUCUUGGUGGCUGAAGAAUCUGUUCUUAUAGAACAGGGGAUUGUAACAGCUGAGUUAUCAGAUCAAAUAUCUUUUAUUUCAAUCCUAUGUUGAUGAACACAAAGGCAUUGUUCUCGUAUGGAAAAAUCAUGGACUUGUUUGGAAUAUUGUGUCAUUGUUGAUUUUGCAUGUUGACCAAAUGUAAUGUAGUGUAGUGACCUCCUUGAGAGGGUCACUUUUUUGAUCAUUUUGUAUUUAUUGAGGACAGUGUGUGUUGGCUCCUGUCCCACUCCUGGGUCGCGUUCAUUAGGCACCAAACGGAAGAAAAGGGACUAAAACAGGAAGGGAUUACCCAAACUUGUCCAAAAUAAAUUCUAAUUUUCGUUUUCUGUUGCAAAACGCUUUGCAAUGGUUUGCCCUAAUGAAUAUGACCCUGGGUUUAGAGCAAACACAGCAGGAAGUAAUCUCCAUCUAUUCUAAUUUCCUAAGGAAAUGUGACAUGAACCUUUAGAUAAAUAAUCAGACAAGUAUCAAAGAGCUCUUGCUUUCAGUGAAAGCAGAACAUUGUGAAUUUUUUUAACCAAAAGUGAAUUCUACAAAAGCUUUAACACUGUGUGGGCUGUUCAUUGAUGUAUAUAAUGAUGACAAUGAUGAGAUGGCUAUUUUUAUAUGGAAAAAUACAAAACUUGUAUAAGA